CCGGAUACCCCAUGUGCUUUCUCUUCCCUACUCUCUAUUUAUACCUCACUUUUUCAUACCCUCUCUCACAUGCCUUGUUCUUCUUAAGUUUAAUAUAUGAUUCUUCAUUAUUAUUAUUAUUACUACUAACAUGGGGAACUGUUUGAGGAGCAACAAAAUAUCAGCCCAAGAUCAUGGUGAGAACUAUGAAACCACCCCAUCCAAAGUUGAGAAGAUCAUAAAGGUUCCACCAUCAUCCAAGUUGGAAGCACCAAGGGUGGAUCAAAGCAGCAUAAUGAAGAAGAAGGUGAGGUUCAAUAUUAUAGAGAAUGAUGGUUCUUAUGAAGGUGGUGAGAGAGGAAGUGGUAAAGGUAAUUGUAGAAGUGUGAGGAUUAGAGUGGUGAUGACUCAGGAAGAGUUGAAGAGGAUGUUGAGGUGCAAGGAUGAAGCUCACCACACUUCAUUGGAGGAAUUGUUAGAUGCUGUGAGGUUGAGGGGAGGAAGAAUUUCAGAGGUUGGUGAAUGUGGUGAUGAGAGAAUGGAUUCUUGGAAGCCAUCUUUAGACAGUAUUCCAGAGGAUAGCUUGAUGAAUUUACUUUAGUCUUUUUGUUAGUAAUUCCACUACAUAUAGACAAUGAAAUAUAUUUUAUUUUUUUUCAUUUGAUGUAUUGAACUCCACAUCAAUGAAGUAGUUUCAAUGUUACAUAGAAAUCUGGAACUUAAUUAAUUAUAA